AGAAAACAUUAAUAACCUACGAAAUGUAAAGUAAAGAAACAUAUAGAUUUUAUUAUUUAUAUAAUUCUCAAUAAAAAAAUACUGAUGAACAUAAAAAUAUACUCUAUUUAAAUUAUUUGUAAAAUCUAAAAGAUUUUGCUAAUUAAUUGGAAAAGCUUUAAAAUUUUUAUAUAUUGGCAGCACUAUUCCACAUUCUGUUACAAUAAACGAAGUCUCCUUCAAAGUUCAACGAAUCUGUGUAUUAUACAUCUUUUUUCAAAUUUAUAUUUUAUAGUAAAUGAAAUAUGCAGCUCGAAUUGUACAAUCAAAUAAUAACUUCAAUCCGAAAAUUUCACGGAUUGUCGAAAGACUGUGCAAAAAUGUUAAAGGAAAAAUACGACGAUGACAAAUACAAAUGACUUUACCUUUGUUUAGUGUACCAACUAAUACAUUAUACAGUAUACUAUCCUUAGAGAUACAACAAAAGAUGAAGAUCAAUCACACUAAUAUGUUUGGUCCCAAUAAAAACUAUUACGAAAGUUAUAUAGAAGCUGUACAGAAUGGAGAACCUAUAGGGAUCUUAUUAAAAAUGGCAAAAGACAUAGAUGCACCACCAGCAUUAUUAGCACGUAAUGUUUUAGAAAAACAUUGCGGUCGGGAAGAUUCUACCGUUUCUCGAAAAGAUGUUAGCAAACUUUUUAAGGAUACAACUCUAAUAGAAGAUAAGGAUCUAUCUUAUGAAGUAUAUUUGUGUAUAUUAUACGAUGAUCUUUAUGGACCAAUAGCAGAUGCUAUGGGCAUUUCGAUAGGUCAAGAAUAUGAGAUGAAAUUGCAGAAUUAUUUGACAGAACGGAAUCUCGCAUUUCGCAACGAAGAACAUUUACGAUCAAGAGGAUACGACAAAACGCCAGAUUUUAAACUGGAAGUUCCUAUUGCAGUGAAUGGUUUCGUGAUUAAUUGGAUUGAAUCAAAGGCGCGUUUUGGUAAUCCUGAAAUACAUCAAAAAUAUAUAAAGGAACAAUUUCUAAGUUAUUGGAAUAGAUUUGGUCCUGGUCUCGUUAUCUAUUGGUUUGGUUAUUUAAAUACUUUGAAUCAACCUAGCGAAAAGAAAUUUAUUAUUAUGGAUCAUUUUCCGGAAGAAAUCACAUAUAUGGAUCCAAAUUCGAUCAAGCCAACAACAUCGUGAUUGUAAAUAAUAUAGUUUAUUAAAUCUUUCUUUUUUUUAUUA